GUGUAGCUCAUUCUUGCCUCAAAUAGCUUGUUUCUGUUCCCAAAGCCCUUCCCCUUUUGCAGGCAGCAAAAGGAAGCAUGACUCGAGGGGGAGAUGAUUAUCUGAGCUGCCGGGGACUGAGCAGCAGUAGCAGAGGAAAGGAGAUGUUGAAGGGUUAGUGCUGUGACACUACCUAUUGAAAAUGUGUUUAUGAGCUUUCCUUUGACAGGGUGCACACAUUGAAAAUGGUCUUCUGUCUCCUGGGGCCUUUGUGUUAGAUCCAUGACUAAUUAGAAGGAGAUUGAUGGUCUGGAUGGAGAAGUCAAAGUCAGCUUCUAAGCCCUCAUCAAAUGGUUGAAGAGCCAGAUUCUUAGUAGUGAUAUUGUUCUUCAAAAUCUGAAGUGGACAUCUUCCGGCUCAUCUGGACACCAUGAACACUUCUGCCCUACUGCCCUCUAACGACACGCCGCUCUGCUACAGGAUUAACAAUCCUCCUUUUAAGUAUGUGCCCACCAUUGCCUCAGCCUACUUCUCUUCCAUCUUCAGCGUGUUGGGUAUCACCUCCAACCUCAUCGCCUUUGUGGUUCUAAUCAAGUCGUUCCAGCGGACUCACAGCAGCUCUCGCUCUUCCUUCCUCAUCUUCCUGGGCGGCCUGGUGAUCACUGACUUCAUGGGUCUGGUGGUCACAGGCAGCAUUGUGGUCUCCUUUCAUGUGACGCACUUCAACUGGCGCAAUUUGGACCCACACUGCCACUUCUGCAACUUCAUGGGCAUGUCCAUGGUCUUCUACGGACUAUGUCCGCUGCUGCUCGGUGCGGCUAUGGCUCUGGAGCGCUUCAUUGGCAUCACCCGUCCAUUUGCACGCACCACCACUCUGCCCAGGAGGCGAACGGUCUUCAUGUUGUUGCUGGUGUGGUUCUUUGCCGGCUGCAUAGCGUUGUUGCCUCUGACAGGAGUCGGGAGCUACCACAUGCAGAUGCCCGGCUCCUGGUGUUUUUUCAACAUUAGCUCAGAGGGCAAUGACCUGACCUUUUCUGUGCUCUUCUCCAUGGAUAAGAUGCAACGUCCCCGAGAUCAGGAAGUGGAAAUGAUGGUGCAGCUCAUCCUGAUCAUGGCCAUCGCUUCCAUCUGCUGGUGCCCGAUGCUAGUCUUUAUUGCACAAACUGUGCUGAGUGGACGUCCUCUGCAGGUCAUAUACCUUCUGCUGUGGCUGCGCUUUGCCUCCUGGAACCAGAUCCUGGACCCAUGGGUGUAUAUCCUGUUUCGCAGGGCAGUAUUGCAGAGAGUCCACCCACGCAUGGACUGGUCCCGGUGGUCCCAAUGGUCCCAAUGGUCCACCUUAAACCAAUCAUUUCGGAACACCGUUCACAGAUUAACACAUUCUUCUUCACUUGGGAGGCCUCUUAGCUCAGAUGAAACAGGACAGAACGAACAAUUAAAUGAAACACUCAAUACACUAUAAAUCCACUCAUGAUGGUUCGACUAGUUUGGAGGAGAGACGAAGUUGGUUUAUAGUGAUGAUGUUUUUGUGUACAGUGGUGAUACUUUCUUGAAUGGCACCCUGUGCGAGACCCACCACGAACAUACACACACGCACGCACGCGCGCACACACACACCAAUGAUAAACACUGGCGUACAGUUUCUUUGAAAUAUAUUGAAUUAUCAUCAAAUAAUACAGCAGCAGCAAAUAAUAAUUAGAAUUAGAACAAAAGAGAAUUUAAAAAAAAAAACACAAACUUAAGGGUACCUUAUUGAAAUAAUUUAGGCUUUUUUUUCGGUGUGUUAUUGCUUAAGGAUUAAAUUGCAAAAUGAUUUCAAAAGAGUUGCCAUCUGGCCUUUUUGAUGCAGAAUCGUCUAUAAUGUCUUUAUAUCUGCUCCCUAACUGUGUGGUUGAUGCUGAAGCCAUUUAAAUGUUAUAAUUAAUUAAUUAUAAACAAUGUAGAAGCAAGAGGCUUAUAAGUGAGACACACAUUGCAAUUUCAAUUUGGAACCAACCCCGCCCCAUAAAAUAACAACAUAGUACAGUUAUAAGAAUGAAGCUGCGUCUUUUGCUACUUUCUCCUCCUCUUCUUUCAAAAUUUCCCACCCAAUGACUUUGAUCGUUUCCUCUCCAUGUUUACAAUAAGUAUUAUACAAUUAUUGUAAACAUUUCCUAUCAUACUCCAAGACCUCACCCUCAUCCUGGUACACUAAUCGCCUAUACAGUAUAUUGUAAAUGCCAAUGUUUGACAUGUCGUGCCAUUUCAGUAGCAAUAUCUUGUUUUAUUUUGUGGCAUGUUGCUGUCCCAAAGCACUGCUGCGCUAUGCUGCACAUAAUGCGCAUGCCAGAAACCGCCAUUGUUUGCAUUAUUAACAUACUGUGAUAAAUUUAGGCUACUAACCAGGAAUCAAGCAUGUACCAUAAUUUCUCGUGUAUAAUGCGCACCCCUGUAUAAUACGCACCCCCAAAGUUGACUUCAAAAUUCUGGAAAACCCUUCUUCCUAUGUAUAAUGCCUUUUUACAAUGCAUGAUUUUGCUUCUACCCAUUUGCUCAAAACAAGAAGUAUCUGUAUUUUGUUUUUUUAUUAUUAUUAUUAUUAUUUAUGUCAAAGAAUUAUUCUGAAGUUUAGCACUUUAUUUGAACACGUAAUCCUUUUUUUCAUUUACAAAAUAACAGCCCUACUUUUAUUUUGUAAAUUAGAAAACACACAGUUGUGCUCAUAUGUUUGAUUACCCAGGCAGAUUUUGUAAGAUCGGUACAAUUCUUUAAAGAAAACAUGAAGGACCAGGCAAAACACAUUUAAUUUUAUUUUAAUGGGAUUCAAAUUAAACUGUAAAGCACUUCAGAAAAGCAUUAUCAUUAAAAAAAAAAACAUAACCGUAAAGAAAUUAAUGAUGGUUGUUGUUCAGUCAGUCAUAUUUUUAAAAAAUAUAUGCAUAUUUCACAAAUUCUGCCAGCGUAUGGGCGGCACGGUGGACGAUUGGUUAGAGCGUCAGCCUCACAGUUCUGAGUUUGCAUGUUCUCCCCGUGCCAGCGUGGGUUUUCUCCGGGCACUCCGGUUUCCUCCCACAUCCCAAAAACAUGCAUUAAUUGGAGACUCUAAAUUGCCCGUAGGGAUGACUGUGAGUGUGAAUGGUUGUUUGUUUCUAUGUGCCCUGCGAUUGGCUGGCAACCAGUUCAGGGUGUACCCCGCCUCCUGCCCGAUGACAGCUGGGAUAGGCUCCAGCACGUCCACGACCCUAGUGAGGAGAAGUGGCUCAGAAAAUGGAUGGAUGCCAGCGUAUGUAAACUUAUGAGCACAACUGUACAUAUAUGCAUGUACAUAUAUACGUACCCCUGUCAUAUUGGAAUGAAUGAAUGAAUGUACUACACAUUUUUUAUAAACACUAGGUGGCGGUGGCAUUUUCGGAAUGAAAGUGUAUAGCCUUUUCAUAACCACGAGAUGGCGGCAUACAUUUAUAAAAUGUGAAGGUUUUUUUUCCAUUUGCCCCAUACCUAUGUAUAAUGCGCACUAUUGACUUUUGACUAUUUUGGGGGGGGCGGGGAAAUGCGCAUUAUACACCAGAAAUUACGGUAUAUACUUCCCUUAAAAAAGAUGCUAAACAAGAAAAAAAUCACUGGCAGUGUAAUAUUAAUACAGUAUAUUCUAAAACUCUACAAUUAAGAUACAGCAACGUAAAUCAUGAUUCUCCAAUCACACCACACUUUUGCCACAGAAAGUUGUGUCAUUUCACUUGCAACUUGGGCCAAAGGCCUCAGCUGCCCCACAUGGCAAAAAUAGGGGCAAGAGAGUUGGCAGAAGCACAGUCAGAUUAAAAGCAGACAGACACCACUAAGGAAAUUACUCCAAAAGCACUAUAGUAUAAGUAUUGUGAAACAUUUGCCCCAAUGUAGAAUCGUCACUCUGUGGUUAGCUGAAACAUUGUGGACUUGGGGCAAGUUGGACAUUACGCUUUUCACAUGCACAUGUUCAUAUUUUACAAACUUGGGAAUGAUCAAGUUUCUAUUUUCAGGUGCAUAUAUGCAUGAUUGUCUGUCAUACGCAGUAUACAGUAUGCAUUAUGUGGAAAGAAUUUUAAAAUUUGCAUGCCUGUGGAAAAUAUGUGGUUUAUCUUUAUUAAUUGUGGUAUACUAA